AUGGCUUCUACUCUUGCUACCCUUUCCAUGCUCCUUUGCCUAUCACUCCUAUUCAUGUCCAUCGAUCCCUCAUUUGCUGGCCAUCAUCACAAAAAACACCAUCACAAAAAACACCAUGACAAGCACAAGUCCAGGCUCAAGAAAAUGUGCUCCAAGACAUCCGAUCGCGAAUCGUGCUUGGACUUCAUGAAGACCGAUUCACGUACCUCAGGUGCUGACAACCGUGGCCUCCUUGAGAUCGCGAUUGACUUAGCCUACUCCAAGGCUACAGACAUCCACAAAGAUCUUAAUUCUCUGUAUGAUAACUCAGGAGACUACAGGAUGAAGGACCGAUACAACUCAUGCUCCAAAAACUAUCACGAUACCUUGAGAAACCUCGACUUAAUCAAGAAGCUCUUCAAUGAUCGUGAUUACGAGCGUAUUGAAGUUCAGAUUAGUGAUUCCAUGGAAGAAGUUCGUGACUGCAAGAAUCAACUCGAGAAUAAUGACAAUGACUCGUAUGACCUCAAGAAAAGGACUAAGGAAUUUGAACUUCUUUGCGAUGUCGUCAAGGUUUCUGCCAAGUAUUUGGAAGGUAAAGAUCGCGACGAUAAAGACCAAGAUGAUGAAGAUGACGAAGAUGAUGAUUGA